GAGAGAGAGAGUGACAAGCUAAUGCAACAUGCUGCGCUGUAAAUCGUCAUAAGUUUUUCAUUUCAUUGAUGCUGUGACCAUCUGUCUAUCGGACGAUCUUCUUUUUGGUAUAAUUUAAUUGUUUCGGAUAGGAGUAAAACGUGAACGUUAAAAGUAUUUGUAGUAAUUAACGUUAUCGAUACAAAAAGAUAUUUUAACUUAACAACUAUGGCAAUCGACAAAAGUUUUAUAAAUGUUGUGGUCUUAAGUUUUGGUUUCAUGAUGGUGUUUGCGGCCUUUCAAACCAUGAGUAAUAUCGAGAAUACCGUUCUAACAAGUAUACAUAAUGAAGAUAGUAAUUUCAACGCUAAUGCAUAUACUAGUUUGGCGAUUCUGUACGCUGUAUUCGCAACUUGCAAUUGGCUAGCACCAUCGUAUAUUUUGUUGACCGGCCCAAGGAUAGCCAUAGUCACUGGUUGCUGCUGUUACGUUCUUUUUAUAGCGUCCUUUCUAUGGCCGCAUCCGGUCUUUCUCUACACUGCGUCAGCGAUUCUCGGAGUUGGUGCAGCUUUUAUAUGGACUGGACAUGGUCAAUAUCUUACCGAAAACAGCGAUAAUGAAACAAUGUCAAGAAACGCUGGGAUCUUUUGGGCGAUAUUUCAAUCAUCUCUUUUCAUCGGCAAUCUUUUCGUUUAUUUCAUGUUUAAUAGUGAACAUAUCGAAAAAUCAGUACGACGGACCGUCUUCAUUGUACUCAUUGGGUUAGCACUUUUUGGCACAAUAAUUUUAGCAGUAUUGAGGAAACCAUCUCAAAGAUUAGCUCUGGGAGAAGCCGAAGGAGUAUCCAGCGCUGAUAAGGAACUUCAUAUACCCGAGCCAGCGAAAGAGAAACCUCUUUUAGCAGCUUGGUACGCUUUGAGAGACGCAUUUUCUCUUUUCCUUACACCAAAGAUGCUUUUUCUAUCUUUUACAUUCAUUUAUACAGGUCUUCAGCUCACUUUCUUUUCCGCUGUAUAUGCUUCUAGUAUAGGUUUCACCAAAGCAAUGGGUGAAUCGCGAAAGAGAUUGAUCGGUUUAUCAGGUAUAUUUGUAGGGAUUGGUGAAGUCGUUGGAGGUACCUUGUUCGGUAUUUUUGCAUCCAAAGUAUCCGAAGCUUGCGGUGGUUCACCUGUUGUUAUUAUUGGUUGCUUCACUCAUCUCUUCGCUUUCAUUAGUAUAUAUUUGAAUUUACCAAAUUCAGCAUCUUUCAUAGAUACAGAUGAAAAGAGUUUCAUUGAGCCCUCUUCUGUCCUCGCUAUGGCGGGAAGUCUUGCCUUGGGUUUUGGCGACGCUUGCUUCAAUACUCAGGUUUAUUCCUUACUAGGAAUUCUUUUUGCAGUAGAGAGUGCAUCAGCGUUUGCGCUUUUCAAAUUCUGUCAAUCGGUAGCCGCGGCAAUUAGCUUUGCUUAUAGUAGUAAAACUGGUCUACAUGUUCAAUUAUUAAUACUAGUCAUUUCGAUUAUUAUUGGAACAACAACGUUCGUUUCAGUUGAACGAAAAAUGCGAAAUUCUCAAAGCCAGAAUCAACCGGACAUCGAUCCAGCACUUGUCGAAGGACAAAGUAUAGCAGAUUGAAAUAAUUCUCUUUUGUAAAAAGAUUUGAUAAAUUCUAAGAGAGUUAUGGCAGGGUGUAAUUCAAUAAUCGGUGUAUCAUGUUCAAAUUUAACAAUCGAAUUCUUUAUUGCGAUAUAUAUGUGAUCAUUGUUUGAACACACAAAUCUUGAAAUUAAUUAGAACUUCGACAAUAAUCUAUUUGUUAUAGUAUUGAAUCAACAAUAGAUGUAUCGAUGAAGUUAUUAUAUCCGUAAGUAGUGUUGAGUUUUCUCUUUAUUAUUUUGUCAGUUGAUUCUUAUACUAUUAUAAGUAUUAAAACUUAAAAUAAGUAAAAGAUAACGCAUACACACACAUGUGCGGGUGCACACACAUGCAUACAUAUAUGUAUUACGUAUACAUUAUGUGUAGUUUAUGAUUCGUAAAUUUGAAUUUUCUAAAAUCGUAUAAUUUAUACAAAUAUUUGAAAGAUAUUAUAAAUUCGAAGGAUUAGAUGUUAUUAAAUAUUAUUAAAAUAAUUAUAUCGAUUAUUAUUAAUAUAAAAAAGAUAAAUGAUCUAGAUGUAAGUUUUUAAUCCGAUUAAGUUAAUGUAAUUAUUUACAAAGAAAAGACUGUAACAGAGUGAUCGUCAUUUAUAUAUAUAUAUAUAUAUAUAUAUAUAUAUAUAUAUAUAUAUAUAUAUAUAUAUAUGGUGAACUUCCAUAGAAUGUUCAGACCAAUGUUCUACAAAGAGAAUCGAAAGGAAUUAUAUAAAUUUGAUUUUCUUUGUAGAAAAACAUUUAUGCAUUUGGUUAUGUACCUGACGACGAGAAAGACUUUUAAGAUAUCUUUAUUGAGCAUUUUUAAGAUAACGAUAGAAUUACAGUCUGUCGAUUCAGCAAAGAUAAACGAACGUACGUAAUAGAGACAAAAGCAUAUCCACAACUUUCAGAUACUGGUAACACUUUCGGAACAGAAAGUCAAAGCAAGUCUUAAAUAUGAUCUAUGUAAAUUCGUUUCCGAGUUCAAUGAUUGAUCAUUGUUUACUAACCAAUAGCUGGAGCCUUUUGUAUCUAUCACGUGAUUAAUAUGCGAAUAUUUUAUUUACCUUUACUGACUUGAUUUGUUGAGUAGACUAUAGAUUUAAGGUAUUAUAUUUACAUGAUCAAUAAAACACUUUUAACUUCGUUGUUAUUACAGUUGACUUUUAAAUGGAUAAGCAGUUAUGUAUAGAUUUUCUCAUUCUAUACAUAUAUAUAUAUAUAUAUAUAUAUAUAUAUAUAUAUAUAUAUAUAUUUAUAUGUAAAGAAAGUAUACUUUCUUCAGGUAGAUUUGCCGCGCGUCUCAUAGCCUGCCUUUCCUUUGUCUUUUGUUAUCUACAAAUUCUUUUGUUACCUACAAAUCGAGCAGUUAAGAUUUGGGAGAGAAACGGGCAAUAAGAAAUAGAACGUGAACGAGAGAAGUAGCACGAGAGCGUAAUAUAAAAUUUAAACAGUGUGAAUAAUAAACGUAAAUUGUCGUUUCUUUGUUCACAGUAAUUAACAAAUAAAGAAUUAUUGCUUUGUUCACAGAGAAA